UUCUGUAAGAGCAACCACGUCCUAGGCCAUCCCGAUGGAAGGAGAGACAGUACCUGAGUCCAGGAGAGCAGCCAGCAAAGCCACGCGAAUUGCUCUUGGGAUCUUUGUGAGUGGCACUGUUGUGCUUGGCACUGCACUUUUCUUGGUUAGCCAAGGUAUUAUAAAGUUUCAGCCGAAACAACAGUACUGUUUGACCCCAGAAUGCAUUGAAGCUGCUGCUGGCAUCUUAAGCAAAAUAAAUCAAUCUGUAGAUCCAUGUGAGAAUUUUUAUCGAUUUGCAUGUGAUGGCUGGAUAUAUAAUCACCCUAUUCCUGAAGACAUGUCAAACUAUGGUGUUUACCCUUGGCUGAGACACAAUGUAGACCUCAAACUAAAGGCAUUGCUUGAGAAACCCAUCAGCAAAAGGCGAGACAGUGAAGCUGUGCAGAAGGCCAAGAUCCUUUAUGCAUCCUGCAUGAAUGAGAAUAAAAUUGAAAAAGCUGAUGUGAAACCCCUGUUAAGUAUACUGAGACACUCACCUUUCCGCUGGCCUGUGCUGGAAUCCAACAUUGGACCUGAAGGGCUGUGGUCAGAAAGGAAGUUUAGCUUAGUCCAAGCCUUGGCAACUCUUCGCGGUCAACACAGUAACUCUGUCUUCAUCCGUUUAUAUGUGGCUGCUGAUGACAAAAUCUCCAAUCGUUAUAUCCUGAAGUUCGACCAAGCAAGCCUCUCUCUUGCGUCUCGAGAGGAUUACCUAGAGAACACCACAGAAGCUAAAUCUUAUCGAGAUGCCUUUUUGCAGUUCAUGGUUGAUACAGCAGUGCUUCUGGGAGCAAAUGCUUCACGAGCCGAGUCUGAUAUGAAGUCAGUUCUAAGACUGGAAGUUAAAAUAGCUGAGAUCAUGAUUCCAUAUGAAAAUCGAACAAGUGAGGUGAUGUACAAUAAAAUGAACAUAUCGGAGCUUAGUGCCAUGAUUCCACAGUUUGACUGGCUGGGAUACAUCAAGAAGGUGAUUGACACCAGACUCUAUCCUGAGCUCAAAGAUAUAGGUCCUUCAGAAAAUGUGAUUGUUCGUGUUCCCCAGUACUUCAAAGAUUUAUUCAGGAUACUAGAAAAUGAAAGGAAAAAGACUCUUGCUAACUAUCUGGUGUGGAGGAUGGUUUAUUCAAGGUUAUUUAACCUCAGCAGACGUUUUCAGUAUCGGUGGCUGGAAUUUUCUCGGGUGAUUCAUGGAACCACAACUUUGCUGCCCCAGUGGGAUAAAUGUGUGGAUCUUGUUGAAAAUGCUCUCCCUUAUGUUGUGGGUAAGAUGUUUGUGAAUGCCCAUUUCCAAGAAGACAAGAAAGAGAUGAUGGAGGAGUUGACUGAAGGAAUUCGCUGGGCUUUUAUUGACAUGUUGGAGAAGGAAAAUGACUGGAUGGACUCUGAAACAAAGAGAAAAGCUUAUGAGAAGGCAAAGGCAGUUAUGGCAAAAGUUGGUUACCCUCAGUUUAUAAUGAAUGACACAUACGUUAAUGAAGACAUCAAAACACUGAAGUUUACAGAAAGUGACUAUUUUGGCAAUGUGUUGCAAACUCGCAAAUACGCAGCUCAAUCUGAUUUCUACUGGCUUAGAAAAGAAGUUCCAAAAACAGAGUGGUUUACAAGCCCAACUACUGUAAAUGCUUUUUAUAGUGCAUCUACCAACCAAAUCAGAUUCCCAGCAGGAGAACUUCAAAAGCCUUUCUUCUGGGGAACAGAGUAUCCUAGGUCAUUAAGCUAUGGUGCCAUAGGAGUAAUUGUUGGCCACGAGUUCACUCAUGGAUUUGAUAGCAAUGGUCGUAAAUAUGACAAAAAUGGAAAUUUAGACCCGUGGUGGACAACUGAUUCUGAAGAAAAAUUUAAAGAGAAAACAAAAUGCAUGAUUAAUCAGUACAGUAAUUACUACUGGAAGAGAGCUGGCUUACAUGUGAAAGGCAAGAGGACUUUGGCAGAAAACAUUGCAGAUAAUGGAGGUUUGCGAGAGGCUUUCAGGGCAUACAGGAGAUGGAUUACAGAAAAGAGGGGAGGAGAAGAAGAGCCUUUACUGCCAGGCCUUGAGUUCACACACAACCAGCUUUUCUUUCUGAGUUAUGCCCAUGUAAGGUGCAACUCCUUUAGACCAGAAUCUGCAAGAGAGCAAAUAUAUGUUGGAGCUCACAGCCCUCCUGAGUUCAGAGUUAUCGGUGCCAUGAGCAACUUUGACGAGUUCCGUAAAGCUUUCAAUUGCCCAGCAAAUACAACAAUGAACCGAGGGGCAGAAUCCUGCCGGCUGUGGUAGAUGUCCAGUCAAGGUCUUCUGUCAAGAGGGGUCUCCAACAUGAAUUGCUACACCUGAGCUCAAGCCCGCUGCUAGGGUUUCAGAAUAACAUUUUGCAACCUGGAGAGCUGUUACUUCAAAUGCAUCACCCUUAUCCAUGCUCAUUACCUGCAUGGAUCUAAUCACUCUCUAUUCAGAGCCUAGAAACACUCAAAAUAGAAGAGGAUGGAUUUUCUUUUUUAUCCAUAAAAUUACUCCUGCUCAUCUUCAGUUGCACUGCUGUUGAUGGGUAACUGCCAUUACCAAUUCUAAUUCCUGAUUUAUAGCUGAGCCAAAGGUAAAUGCUAAAAUCCAGUUUUAAUCUAUUGCUCUGUAGGGGUGCUAUGCAGAAUGCUCCCACACAAAAUUUAUUUUUUUCUGGAUGAAGGAAUUCAUGAGACCUGCUAUAAAGCAGCUCUGAUCUACUGUGUGAUACAGCAUUUUCAUAACUUAAACUGUCACUGCCCAGCAUGCCAUAAAUGAUGUUGCAUGAUGUAAAGACACACAAGACAUUAUAUAAAUUAGGUUUAAUAUGUCAGAUUAGUGCCUUAGGUUUUGGAACAGUUUCAAACUGAGAAAGCACCUCACAGUUUCCAUCUGCUAGGACUAAAUAGAAAGCAUACUUGUCAGAUCAUAGCCCCUUCUAAUUUUAGAACAGUUUAUGAUAAAAAUCAAUGUAUAGUGAAAAUCAGAGGCUUGCAGAGGGAAUUCCCAGCACCAUGAUAUUUAGAAACAUUACAGCACUUAUUCUUAUUUACAGUGUGGGCAGUUUUUUCCUAAAGGGUGAUUUUUAUCUUGUGCUGAAGGUAGCUUCACCUACAUUAAUUUUUAAGUCUGAAAUACUACACCAGUUUUAAUCUAGAAAUUUCUUAGUGUCUGGGUCUUAUAGAGGAAUGUUAGUAGCGUGCAUGUUUGUCCUCAUGUUCUAGACAGGACAGGGUGGCUUUUGAUUUUAAUGAAAGACUAUAUGACUGAAAAACAGGGCCAGGAGCACUCAACUUGUCUGAAUAAAAAAGAUCAGCUCAGGAGCAGAGAACAUUUAAAUACAAUAUACAUGCAGGCCAGUUGAGUUUUUAAUUUGAUUUCUAACAAUAUUCAUUAAAAAAAAACAAUAAUUUUAUUGCAACAGAAAGACUGUAACACAUAACUGUUACUAAGCAGGGAGGGAAACCAAAACCAUCCCUUUCUUCCCCAGCAAAAAGAUAU